UAUGUGUUUUCACGUUCGAGUCUCCAAAAGUCUCUAAUAACACCAGAAAAAGUCACUAGAUUUGUCGCUAGUCGCUUUUUUGAAAAAGUCGCUAGAGGGGUCUGAAAAGUCGCUAAAUAUAGCGACAAAGUCGCUAAGUUGGCAACACUGAUACGAACUCGUUAUCUCGUUGUAUUUUUCCCCUCCCGUAAUCGGAAGGGGUGUCCUCCUCUGUCGUGAUUGGCUAGUGAGUGUACAGUUUAAGGGUCGGGACCAAUUACUGCAUUAGCCAUUGGUCAGACUUGGCUUAUGGUUAGCAAAAGCAGUGUCGAUUGGACAAUGAUCUAGUCUAUCCUAGCGCAUGAGGCAGCAUUUACCACAGUUUGCUGAAAAUAUGCGAAGAAAAAGAACGCCCUUCUGACGGUGUUAAAGUAAUCUUUUAGGAUAGCAGAUUUUGUAUUGGACAUGAGUUUUGAGUGGCCUUGGCAGUAUAAUUUCCCCCCAUUCUUCACAUUGCAGCCAAAUGUUGACACUAGACAGAAGCAGUUGGAAGCAUGGUGUUCACUUGCACUGUCCUAUUGUCGCCACCGAAAGCUUUACACUGUGGACAUGCUUGAGGUACAGGAGAGUCCCAUGUUCAGCAACAAGAAGAUUGAAAGAAAGCUUUCUGUUGAAGCAAUAGAAGUUGUAUUUGAGGAACUAAGAAAAAAAGGAAACCUUGAAUGGAUGGACAAAAAUAAGACACGCUGUUUAAUCAUGUGGCGAAGACCUGAGGAAUGGGCAAAUCUUAUUUAUCAGUGGGUUUCUAGAAAUGGCAUGGUCAACUCAGUCUUUACACUUUAUGAACUUUCUAAUGGCGAUGACACCGAAAAUGAAGCAUUUCAUGGGCUAGAAGACUGGAUGCUGCUGCGUGCACUGCAGGCACUGCAGGCUGAAGGCAAGGCGGAAAUUAUAACAAUGGGUGAUGGAAAGGGUGUCAAGUUUUUCUAGAAGCCAAUCUUUUCCAAUUUACACAUUAUGACUGUGUCUUUUUUCAUUUCAUUAGAUAUUUUUGGGCUUAUCUCUUUGGUAAAUAGGCUAUAGGGUAUGGCUUUUCUAACAUUGACCAAGUACAAACUCCAUUUCCAAAAAGUUGAGACAUUUUGUAAAAUGCAAUAAAAAGAAGAACCUGUGAUGUUCAUUCUUGUAAAUUUUUUCUUGGCUAAGAAAAGUAAAAUAUUUCAUUGUAUUUUGUAAAUCUUUACAAACACAUUUAGAAUUUGAUGCUUGCAACACACUUAAAGUUGUGACAGAGGCAACAUAAGAGUGAGAAGUUACAGUGUUUUGAAACAUUCCACAAUAAGCUUGGUAACAGGUGAAAUGUUCAUAAUUGGGCAUAAAAGGAGGAUCCAGGCUCAACAUUUACAAUACACCAUUUUGUACCAAACUUCAUGAGAGAAUUGUCGAUCAAUUUAAAUAUUUUUCACACAAAUUUGCAAAUAAUGGAGGUUUUUCACCAUCCACUGUACACAGUUUUAUGAAAACAUUCAGGGAAUCCAGAAAUCUCACAAUUCAGUUAACAAAUCAGUUAAAACAUUGGAAUUUUUUUCUUUGUACUUUUGUCGGUUAAAUAAAGAUUUAAGAGAAAUAACAAACUACAGAUUCUUUUCUGGAAAUGGGGUUUGUAAUAUUAAGCUACUUAAAGUGCUAACAAGGAUUUUAAUGCAAAAAUCCUGUCCACUGUUGCCACUGUUGUUGAGUUACACAUAUUAAACUAAUUAAAGAUACAAAACAUUAAAUAUUAUUAAUUACUAGUUAUAACUAGUAAUAAACUUUUAUAAUAUUCUUCAGCAACUUCAAAAUGUCAUCAUUUUUCAGUUGGCUUUUAAUAUCAGCAGGGCUGUUCUGAUUAAUUGAUUAACGUUGAGAGCCAGGCCUCAGUCAGUACCUGACCUCACAAAUGUUCUUCUGACUGAAAUUGCAUAAGUUCCCACAGACACUUCAAAUUCUUGUACAAAGCCCUCCCAAAGAGUGGAGUCUGUUAUAUUUUGCAAAAUGGGAGGGUGGCAACUCUGUUCCCAUAGUUUUGGAAUAAAAUAUCUAACAUGCUAAUGAUCAGGUAUUCACAUACCUCUGUAAGUAAGUGGUACUAAGCAGGUGUGGCUGCAUAAGAAAAACCAUCAACAUUAUCUGAUAUAUGGGUGCUGUGAGUUGCUGAAUUUUAAUUUAGGACUAUACCUGAGCCUCGCACACAGGUAUAGACAGCCUGAAUUAAUUUAAACAUCUCUAAUUUAUCCGUCAGUCUGGUAACAAAACAAGUUGUUGUUGAAGGUUUGAAAAAGUGUCUUAAAUGUUAAAUUUGUUAAUGAUUAGUUAUAAAUAAUAGUGUGUCUAUUAAUUGUAUAAACGUGUUACUAUUGACUUGCAAGACCAUGUAAUGGUUUAAAGAUCUGUUAACUGGUGUGGAAUAUCACUUAUCCAAGUGAACUCCUAUUCUACUUGAAUAUAUCUCUUCUGCUACCAUGAAACCAAUCUUGAGUGCUUAAUCUGUAAGAUACAUAAGGAUGCAAAGUUUACAUGCACAACCAGUAAUGGCAGUGAUUUUGUUGCUGCCACUUUGCAGUAGCACUAUUCUUGUCUGUGUCAGUUUUCAAUGACUUUUGUAUCACUGUGAUGCUGAAUAAAUAAAUAAGUGUGGUUUAAAUUUUCA